ACGAGGUCAUGGGCGACCCUUAAAACAUGGCGGCGGCUAGCUAAUAUGUCAAAAAUGCUUUAGCUGAGGAGUUUCCUAGAAAAGCAGCAUAUUUCUGUACAGCACAUUUGAAUACUAGUGUUUUAAUUUAAAUCGGGAUCGGGCAGAUUGUACCCAGCGGGCGUCUGACGGCAGUGAGUCUUUCAUUGUGUCAGACUGUGCUCGGAGUAGUUCUGUGAAAGAACAGGUAUUAAUGGCAGCAGCUGCCCUGAAGUUGGGCGAGCAUAAAGGCGAAAAAAUGGGUUUGCCAUGUGAAAAGAACACAGAUAACCAACCAGGACAGAUUAACCAGGAGAGUAAAGGAGCUACUCAGGACCCAGAGCCGCAAAAGAUGAAGUCAGAGAUCCAAAUGUCUGGACGGACCUCCCAGGUUCCCCCAGGUGUGGACCAGGAAAGCCCAGUUAAUACAGAGGGAAACCAAAAGAAUCAAGGUUCUAAGGCAAAGGCUCCUGUCAAAAGGAGGAGAAAGGAGAUCAUUCCACAGACUCCACCACAACAUGACAAUUCAGCAAUCUCUGAUACUUCUGACCUCACUGCUAGUGGUCGGCCCAAGAGGAGAGCUGCUAAAGUUGCUUUAGAUUAUCUUCACAAGCUGGCCAAGGAUCUCGGGACUCAAUCAACAAAAGAUAGGGCCGAAUCUGGUGAAGCGAACAGCACCUCCAAGAAAAAGAAUGCAGCAAGGGGAAGGGGGACGAAAAGGAAAACUCCAGAGUAUGACAGCGACUUGGAUGAUGAUGAGGAUUUUUCCCCAGGAAAGGAUGAAGGGGCAGAGAGUGAAGAGGAAGAAGAUUCAGAGCCAGACUUCAGCUUGAACGUGGAGCGCAAAAGCAGACCAUCCAGAGGAAAUUAUCAGUGUCUGCUUCCAAACGGCUUGGCUAACAAUGUGAUGGAGCCUGUCUGGAACUGUUUUAGUAGGACCAAAUCAUUCCGGGAUGAAAACUUUUCCCCCUGGGUGUUUCCUGAGUGGAUUCCUUCUGCCAAAGAUUGGCAUUUCCUGUCCAGCAGUGAGGCUGAAAAAUAUUUACCCCAAGAGAAAGAAUCUGCCUCUUUUACCUUUACUCGGGAAAAAAUCAAGGGACGGAUCAAACUGCAAACAGUGAAAAGGUUUGAAUCAUUGCCACAUCAUUCUGAGCGCUGGGACACUCUGUUCUUUGUGGGGGGUCCUGUGCGGUCCAUGGAGUGGUGCCCAUGUCCUGACGGGGCAGCAAAAAGACAGUAUGCCGCCAUCUACUGCCACAAAGGCAUGGAUGACAAACACAAAAUCAACAACCUGUACUCAGGUCCUGUCUUACUGCAGCUGUGGGACAUCGGAGACCUUCAGUGUAAAAGCAGGCCCUCAACUGCUCCUCAUCUAGCAUAUGCUCUAGCGAUCGAUGACGGAUGCAUCUGGAAUAUAAAGUGGUGUCCUGCAGGAGUGUGGGAGCUGCCCUCCACCAGCAGAAAGGCUCCACAAAUGCCUAGAUUAGGUCUUCUAGCAGCAGCUUUCUCUAAUGGAACCAUCGGUGUCUACAGUCUUCCACACCCAGAAGCCCUUGCAGCACACCAUCAAAGUAAAGGAGAAACCAGCCAAGCACCGCUGAUAUGCCGGGUGAAGAAGACGCUUUGUUUGAAGAUGGGCUCCAACCAGGCAGAUCAUAAAGGUCAAAGUGGCCUGUGCUUUGCUAUGGAUUGGCUCCAUGUCAAGCCACAUAACCUCUUGGCAGCUGGCUUCUAUGAUGGUCUGGUUGGUUUGUGGGAUCUUGCUAGCAAGUCUACACUACUGAGAGUCAAGUCUCCAGAUGGAGUUGUGUCUCUCUUCCCUUACCACUGUUUUCAUGCCCACGACGAGAACAUCCGAACCCUGACCUGGUGCAAAGCCUCGAGUAACUUGUUGGUGACAGUCGGAGAUGAUCGCAUGGCUAAAAUGUGGGAUGUGAGGAAAGCCUACGUGCCUCUUUUGGCAGUAAAGCGCUGCCUGUCCCCUGAAGUGUACUGGCCCCUCUUUUGGAGCGGCUUCCUGAUGGCUCAAGAGUGUUGCUUUGCCACGUUUGGGCAACAUGGAGUGCAUUAUUUUGAUUCAGGUUACCUUGGAAUUAAGCCUUACUUUGUGUGUCCUAGAAAAGCCACUAUUUGGAGCCUGUCUAUGUCUGAUUGGAUGAAUACUUUUGCUGUUUCGGACAAUGGAGGAGAUUGUUUGUUUAGUUUGCUUCCUGAAAUGGAUAUGGACCCCAACACUAUCAGACGACGGAGAUAUUCAGUGUACAGGACUGACAUGGUCCAGUUUGAACCCGGUGAGAGGCCUGGAGAUGAGGAAGAGGAGGAGGACAUGGAAAACGCUCCAAAUAACCCUAGGAAGGAGCCAUUGACCUACAAAGGAGCAGUCAGAAAGUACUAUCUCCACUUUCAUGACUUGGACCUGGGGAACUUUGCUAAGUGUGAAAAUCGGCCCAUGAUGAAGCACCUGCAUGAAAACGAGGUCAAAGGUGUCGCUAAAGUGGACCAGAUGCCACUGAGCGCACUCUACAAGGUGCGUUUUAACCCAAACAUGGAUUCAUACAACUGGGUGUUGUCGGGCGGUCAGUCGGGUUUGGUGCGUGUGAACUGCGCUCGUGGACUGAGCUGCUCUGUCAUGCUCAAGCAGUUACGUGAGGCUCAAGCCCAGUUCAGCGCCAUGUUCCAGUCUCAGGAGCCCGAUGACUCUGUGACCGCUGUUCGUCACAGCACAGCGGAUACAGUACAAGUGCGCUAGUCUCUGCUCUACCUUACAAUGGAUUGUGAUGUCAUAACAGGCUUAUACUUUUGGACUUAUUUUUAAAUGACUGAUACACCCACUUUUUAUCCUUAAAUUAUAAUGAAUGAAGCAAAAACUAUUUUGAUACAAAGCAUCUGUAUAUUCCCGAUUUUAUAUUUUUGUGCAUUUCGUUUUUAGCGCUGUACAGAGAGGAAAACCUUUUGAACUUCUUUGCACUGGUGUGAAGCUCAGACAGGAGGGUUGUGAUGUUUUUAGGUUAGUAUCGUUAUCUCAAUGUUUUGUCCUUUCCAAGGUGUGUGUGGACAAUGAAAUCGUCAGCACUUAAAAGUACCCG